GCCAUGAGUACUAGCAGUAGUAGUACGAGCAGCAGCAGCAGCGGCAACGCCAUGACCGUCUCCAGGGCCCCCUCACCGCCCCUCAAUGUGGAGGCGAACACGCCCGUAGCGGAGAGCUGGUGCUACACUCAGGUGAAGGUCAUCAAGUUCUCCUACAUGUGGACAAUCAACAACUUUAGCUUCUGCCGCGAGGAGAUGGGCGAAGUGCUCAAGUCCUCCACAUUCUCCGCGGGGACCAAUGAUAAGCUGAAGUGGUGCCUGCGCGUCAAUCCAAAGGGCCUGGAUGAAGAGAGCAAAGAUUACUUAUCGCUAUACUUACUACUAGUCUCCUGUAACAAGACCGAAGUACGAGCUAAAUUCAAGUUUUCAAUACUUAAUGCCAAACGCGAAGAAACCAAAGCAAUGGAAAGUCAGAGAGCUUAUCGAUUCGUUCAAGGCAAGGACUGGGGCUUUAAGAAGUUUAUUCGCCGUGACUUUCUCCUUGAUGAAGCCAAUGGCUUACUUCCUGACGACAAGCUAACACUUUACUGUGAGGUUAGCGUUGUGGCCGACUCAGUCAACAUUUCUGGCCAGACCAACUCUAUUCAAUUUAAGGUUCCCGAGUGUCGACUAUCGGAAGAUUUAGGCGGUCUUUUCGAAAGUCAAAAGUUUAGUGAUGCCAUUCUCUGCGUAGGAAAAGAAGAGUUCUACGUUCACAAGGCUGUACUGGCCGCAAGGAGCCCAGUGUUCGCCGCAAUGUUCCAGCACGAAAUGGAAGAAAAGAAACAAAACAGAGUAGAAAUUACUGACGUCGAUCCGGUGGUGCUUCGAGAAAUGCUUAGAUUCAUCUACACCGGAAAGUCAUCUAACCUCGAUAAGAUGGAAGCCGACCUUCUCUCUGCUGCAGACAAAUAUGAUCUCGAACGAUUAAAAGUGAUGUGCGAAGAGUCACUGUGCUCGAAUUUGUCUGUAGAAUCCGCAGCCGAAGUUCUAAUUCUCGCCGAUAUGCAUAGCGCAAACCAACUCAAAGCGCACGCUAUUGAAUAUAUCAACACUCAUGCUACCGACGUCAUGGAGACGAUCGGCUGGAAAGAAAUGAUUCGCUCCCAGCCUCACCUCAUUGCCGAAGCCUUCCGGGCUCUUGCCACUCAGCAAAUGCCUCCGAAUUGUGGUCCACCUCGCAAACGUAUCAAACAAUCAUAA